AUGUGCAGAAAGACGCAUAUCCACAUGCUAGAGCGACAUGGUGGCAAUCUCUUGUCCACAUGGACGUGGCUUUUGGUCGCGGUGGUGUUUCUUCUUAUCACAACAAUAUGCAUGGUUCUGCUCCAGCAAUACGUAUUGCCCUUGGGCAGUGCAACAGUCAUUGAGUCAGCAAGUUAUUUUCAUCUUGUGAUGGCAGCCAUGACUUAUUUUACAUUGCGUUUUGUUGAAGUCGCUCCAUUUGGUCGUCAUGUGACAAGUACAACCGCACAUGUUACUAUGCCAGCACCACUUUCGUGGGCGCUGCAGGAGUGCCCGACGCUGAUGAACGUCGUUUAUUAUCUUCUUAUGGAGUACCCGUGUCAUGCACUGAGAUGUAGCAGCAGCCAGUGGAUACGUCUUGUGUUUGAUGAUCCGUUUGGACAGGCGGCUCAUGCGAUCUCAGAAGGAAUCACAUCCCUCCAUGUGGGCCUCUUACUUUUUGUCAUUCAUUACCUGCACCGGACUCUCCUGUACCCUUUGAUCAUAGGCGAAGGAGCUCCGGUUCCAAUUAAAAUAACGUUGAGUGCUGCAGUAUAUUGCCUACUCAACGGUCGUCUUCAGCUGUUGGCAAAUAUUCGUGACGGGCCUUCUGCGCCCCGUUUCCCUCUCUUAUUUACAAGUCAUAUGGCGUUAUUUUGGAUUGGAAUUGUUCUCUUCUUCGCUGGGAUGGGGGUGAAUGUUUUGUCCGACAACCGUCUCGUGCGCCUUAAGAAGCAGCCACCAAGGCACACGCGUAAAAUUCCACAUGGAGGACUUUUUGAAUACGUGAGCUGCGCCAACUUCUUUGGGGAAAUUGUGGAGUGGUGCGGCUACUCCCUUGUUGUGUGGUCAACAGCAGCCACGACAAAGCCGGAGUCGGGUCUGGCGGCUUUCAGUUUUUCGGUUUACGUUAUGGCAAACCUGCUCCCGCGCGGUUACGCGCACCACGAGUGGUACAAGAAACAGUUUGGUGCUGCCUACGAUAAACUGCGACGCAAGGCUGUCAUACCGUACGUCUACUAA